GCGUGACGCUCCCCGCCCAGGCCGGCUCGGAGAAGGCGGCGCCCGCGCCGGGACCGCCCGUAGAGCGGCUGAAUCCCCUGCUCCCGACCAGGCGAGGCCCGCGAGCGGCCCCUCGGCAAGAGGACCCAGGUAGAAGGCCAAGAGAUUGCCCGGGGCGGAAGCGGGGAGCGAAGGGCUGUCGGUAUCCCGCCUCUCUCGCGUCACGUGAUCGCGCCGAACGGAAAUAGGGAAUCUGAGGCCCGGCGACGCCCAGAACAGGCCACCUCUGCUGCUCAGAACACUUAUUCUGUGCCAUGGAAUGCAGCAGUGCCUGAUUCUAGAAUGGAAAAUAAAGCCACUUGACAUCCUUAAACUGUGGAAUUUCCGUCCUUCGCCACUCUGGAUGUAAUGAUAGUAAACUCAGCAUCGAGUGGUGCAGCUUAACUGGAAAGCUGGAUCUGCCUAAGGUCUAGUCCAGAAUCAUAAAUGAUAUUCUGUGGUGUUGGUUUCCUAGGAAUGUUGUAACAAAGUGCUAUGGACUGGGAGACUUAAACGGCAGAAGUUAUUGUCUCAGUUCUGAAACCAACAAUGCUACCCAAACCUGGGAUCUAUUACUUCCCCUGGGAGGUCAGUGCUGGCCAGGUUCCUGACGGGGGCACCCUGAGAACAUUUGGCAGGUUGUGCCUCUAUGACGUGACCCAGUCCCGGGUGACCCUCAGGGCCCUGCACGGAUCUGAUCAGCAUCAGGUUCUUGUCUGUACCAAGUUGGUGGAGCCGUUCCAGGCCCAGGUGGGCUCCUUGUACGUGGUCCUUGGAGAGCUCCAGCAUGAGGACGAUGUUGGUUCCGUGGUGAAGGCCCGAGUGCUGACCUGUGUGGAAGGGAUGAAUCUGCCUUUGUUAGAACGAGCCAUCCAGGAGCAACGGCUGUACCAGCGAGAGAGAGGCAGCCAAGAGGAAGCGGGGGCCCCCAGUAGCCCCCCACCUACUCCUGAGGCCAAACCAUGA